AUGGCGCAAGCAAAAAGUGGACGACCUCGGGUCUACUUCGACAUCACGAUUGGCGGAAGGAAACAAGGUCGGAUAGUGUUUGAGCUUUAUAAUGAUGUGGUACCGAAAACGGCAGAGAAUUUCCGGGCUCUGUGUACCGGUGAAAAAGGCAUGGGACAACAAGGCAAACCGCUACACUACAAAGGGUCAAUCUUUCACAGAGUCAUCAAGGCGUUCAUGAUCCAGGGCGGUGACUUUACAAGGUUCAACGGAACUGGAGGCGAGUCGAUUUACGGCGAAAAAUUCGAGGAUGAGAAUUUCGACCUGAAGCAUGACCGCCCUUUCCUCCUGUCUAUGGCCAACUCAGGUCCCGGUACCAACGGUUCGCAGUUCUUCAUCACCACUGUGCCCACGCCUCACCUAGACGGCAAGCACGUUGUGUUCGGAGAGGUUAUCAACGGCAAGAACAUCGUACGAACCAUUGAAAAUCUUCCCUUGCAGUCAGAUAAGCCUGUUGGUGGUGAUGUGGUGGUGGAGGAUUGUGGUCAGCUCGAAGGUGAGGCCUAUGAUACAGCAACUCAGAAAGUGGCGGAUCCCACCGGCGACCCAUACGAGGACUAUCCAGACGACCAGGGCGAAGGCUUGAAGGGAGAGGAAUACUACAAAAUCGCAUUGGAUCUCAAAGAAUUCGGGAACAAGGCAUUCAAAGCUGGAGACAUCGGGACAGGGAUUGAGAAGUAUCAGAAGGCCCUCAGAUACCUCAACGAGUAUCCGGCAGCCAACGACAACGACCCCAAGGAUCUCCAGAGCAACAUGGAUGCCCUGAGGUUCACUCUGCACAGCAACUCUGCCCUUCUCGCCAACAAGGCCAAGCGCUACGAGGAAGCUCAGAAGUGGGCCGGAUUUGCCAUUGAUUCCAUUCCCAAAGACGCCAAGGACACGGACAAGGCCAAAGUGUACUUCCGACGUGCACAGGCGCGGGUGGCGCUGAAGGACUUGGAGGAAGCACUCAAGGAUUACGAGCAGGCGGCGAAGCUGGCGCCCGAGGACGCGGCGAUCAAGACUGAGCUGGCCAGGGCGAAGAAGACUCUUGCUGACAGCAUCAAGAAGGAGAAAGAGAGCUACAAGAAGUUCUUUACCAGCUGA